AUGCUAACUGAAGAGGAUGUCGACCGAUUUAUGGCUGAAGCUAUCGCAGAGGCCCGUGGAGCACUGGAGCGCGGCGAGGUGGCUGUAGGCUGCGUUGUCGUAGACAAGGAGGACCGCUCUAUUGUGGCCAGGGCAGGCAACUGCACGAAUCAACGACACAACUCCACGUGGCACUGCGAGUUCAGCGCCAUUGAUACAAUAUUUUUACUAGUACCUAAUGGCAAGGUCGGCUCUGGAGACCAGGAAUCAUUGCACGCAUUCAUGUCACGAUACGCGCUGUUUGUAACAUGCGAGCCGUGUAUAAUGUGUGCGACGGCGCUUCAUCUUGGCUUACCGAGGUGUACUAUGGGUGUCGCAACGAAAAAUUCGGUGGAUGCGGCUCAGUACUAUCCCUACAUGAAGGUUAUGGCGACUUUCCACCCUUGCGUUGCCGUGAGGGUUUCCGUGCCAGCGAGGCCAUUGAGCUCCUGCAAGCAUUUUAUUCAUCUGGAAAUCCAAACGGUUUGA